AUGCCGAUUUCUAGCGCGCCCAGGAGGCUUAGAUUGGCUUGCGAUGCGUGUGCAAUCUCCAAAGUGAGAUGUGACAAGAAGCAUCCGUCGUGCACCCGCUGUCGCCAAAGCCUAUUCACAUGCUCAUACAGUCCAUCACGCAGACAUGGAAAGCAAUCAUGGGCCAAGUAUAACGCUGGAUUGGAACCACAGCAUGAACCGCAUGAUGACAGGAAUGCGAAUGUUCCGUCGCAAAACCGACCAUCGAGUCCUCAGCCACAAGGAGAGCCUUGCCCGGUUUUGAGAGCGCUUGCCGGAUCUACGCCGGAGCAGAGACACCAGAGAAGCUUAGACGAUACGAACAUGAAUUUUGACUUGAAUCUCAUGGACGACCUAGGCAUUACCGAAGGAGGCCUCGAAGCUUCUACCAUAGACUCUUUUGGUCAGCGGUACGAUCUGCCUAUGAAUAUAUCCACGCAAACACCCACGAUAAUCUCGCAAUCAAACUUUGGUACGGCUUCCAUGAGCCUGCAGCAUCUCCCUACCCUACAUGACUGUGAAGCAAAAGCUCUAGCAGCUUUGCACUCACUUCACUACUGCCACAUGUAUCAUUCGAGCAGUCCAGGUAUCCUCGACCCAAUUUCCAAUCAUACCAAUCUCACGCAAGAUCUGAACCGCAGUUUACCGAUUGACAAGAUUCUUCUCUUCAAUCGAGUAGCCUUAACGACAAUGCUUUCGUUACUCAAUUGUUCGUGUACACAACAAGCGCAUGUAGCUUUGAUGUAUUUUGCGAUAAUUUCGAAGUCAGUCUCAUGGUAUCGAUUGAUUACUUCCUCGCGCAAUCAGUACAUAUGUCCAACUGCGAAUGCGAACAAACCUGAAAUCAGCGGUACACCGGCUGCAACAGCGAGUUUGAGAAGUGUGACGGCAGCAACUAUACACAUCGGAUCAUUCGAUCUAGAGGAUGAUGAUCAGAUAUCUCUCAUGCGAGACAUCCUGACACGCAUGGUCAAAAAGCUGGAACCCACAUCUGCUCCAACUACGUCAAGAAUGCAAGGUCGCUCUUGAC